ACAUCCAGAGCUCCAAAUGUUUGUGCGCGUCUAGUUCGACCCGUAUACCUGUAAAAUGAAACUACUCGUAAUAUUGACUGUGGUUUUUGGAUCAUUACUGUUUGGUCAAAGCUUAUCUGAUAUGGGAUCCUUUUCGAAGGGGAUGGAAAUCAAAGGCCAUGUUCUGGACUUUCCUAUACAACGAGGUGUGGCCCAGUUUUUUGAAUUUUGGCAACUCUUGCCGAAGCGCAUCGACCCAGAAAAUAAACUACAAGGUGGUGAAAUAACUGAAAAAAGCUUGAAACUCGUACCAGGCAAAAGUUUGCUUGUUAAAUGCGUAGAAGGUGACAAUGAAGUUAAUGCGUUUGUAUUCGGCUCAGAAGGUUACUUCAUAGAUAGAUUGAAGCUAGAAAAAAGUAAUAUGGUUUGCGCUCAAUUGUUUGAUAACAUUUCUGUAAGGAAAUAUUCGACUUUUAGAGCUGAAGAUUACUUCAGCUAUACUGAGUUUACGUUCAGCAUAAUCUACAAGUUUAACGUGAAGAUUGCAAAAUUCAAGAUCUGGAAACUUCUGUCUGUGAGGACUUCUGUUCGUUAUCUCAGCAGAUUUUACAAGAUUACCUCCACUCUUCACUAUCACACAUUGGAAAGAUUGCCCGCAAAAUAUACGAAUAGCCAGGGAAUAAAGAUUGAAGAUGCAGAUUAUGAAAGCGAGCUAUUACCAACGGACGUCUACGAAAUCAUCGAAUUUCACCUUCAUGGUGAUCCUGUUGGAAACCCUGUCUCAACCGAUUUUAAAACUGAUCAAAACCUCAAGCUCAAGUGCCAACAAUACAACAAGAUCCCGACCGACGGUUCUACAAUAGCAGUUGGAUUUAUAAUGUAUGAAGAUAUAAUCUUGGAAAAGUUACCCCUAGACACUUGUACGACCGGAGUUGAAGGAAUAUACAUCAACACAAAGAAAAGAAAGACUUACAGAGAUGCAGACAAAGAAUUUACACUCGUGUUUAAAAAGAAAGAUGGGAACUGCUUUGAAAUGGACAUUGGGUUUUGUUACAAUUUGAUUCUCAAAGAUCAAGCUACUAUUCGUCGUUAUGCUCCUAGUGGAGUCAAUUGUCCAAAUGAAUGGACUAGUGAAGCUGAAUUGGAAGCGCCUUAGUAGUCUACACAAGAUUUACUGGGUUUCUCGGAUUGGCUCUUCUGAUGAAAAAGAUGAAUCAACUAAA